AAAUGUACAUACGUAAAUGUAUUUACUCCUCCCAAAAUGCAAAUACCAUUGGCCAGUUUUGGAGGAAGGAAGAGCAUCCUCUGUUUACCUGUUCAUUAGCUAAAAUCCCCCAAACCUCACCUUUCUACAGUUUCUGAAUCAAUCUGGGACGGAAGCCAAAGUCACCUACUAUAUAAGAGCGACAAAGCACAGAUGAACUACGGUCCUGAUCAAGUUUAGACCCAACAUCCUUGUGCCAAACUCCACUCAAGAUGGGGUUUGGCAGGGGGAUAUUGCUACCAGAAUGGGCUUUCCUGUUAGCAGUUUGCUGUAUCCAUCAAAUAGGCGGUCAGAUUGGAUUCCAAAUAGGAAGUCAGUUCUCUGGGGGUCUUCUACAAAAACGAAAUGCUUCUAUAAGAAUUUCAGCUAACUUAAACAUCAUCCCACAACUGCUGACAAAUCUAGCAAUAACAUCUGCUAACCCUGCUCACAAUGGCCGUGUGUGCAGCACAUGGGGAAACUUCCAUUUCAAGACCUUUGACGGAGACAUAUUCACCUUCCCUGGGCUCUGUAAUUAUGUUUUUGCCUCCCACUGCAACGCUCCCUACGAGGACUUCAACAUCCAGAUUAGGCGUGAAGUGGUGGCAAACACUUCGACUGUCAACCGCAUCACCAUGAAACUCGAAGGUGUCGUUGCAGAACUAACAAAGGGUGCUGUCCUGGUCGAUGGCAACAGAGUUCAACUGCCAUACAGUCAAUCUGGUAUAACGAUAGAGAAGAGCAGCAUUUAUGUGAAAGUUGGCAGCAAAAUCGGUGUUGUGUUGCUGUGGAAUGAAAAAGACAGCAUUCUGCUGGAAUUGAAUGCAAAAUAUGCCAAUCAGACUUGUGGACUUUGUGGUGACUUCAAUGGCUUUCCCAUAUACAAUGAGUUCAUUUCAAACAAUAUUAAGAUGACAGCCUUGCAGUUUGGGAAUAUGCAGAAAAUGGAUGGGCCAACAGAACAUUGUGAAGACUCCACUUCUCUCCCGACAUAUAACUGCCCUGAUAAUCUCGAUGACAUAUGCGAGAAAACAUUGACCAGCUCUGCAUUUGCAGAAUGUAAUGACCUAGUUGAUGUUAAAGAUUACAUUAAGAUUUGCCAAGAUGACUUGUGCCGCUCUGCAGAAUCUAAAAACAGCUCAUGCAUCUGUGACACCUUUGCUGAGUACUCCCGGCAGUGUGCUCAUGCUGGUGGGCAGCCCCUGGACUGGAGAACUUCAAAAUUGUGCCCCAAGAAGUGUCCUUACAAUAUGCAGUACCAGGAGUGCAACUCUCCCUGUGCUGAUACAUGCACAAAUCCUGAACGAUCUCUGUUUUGUGAAGAACACUGCAUCGAUGGCUGCUUCUGCCCCCCAGGGACCCUGUUUGAUGACAUCAACAAUUCUGGCUGCAUUCCCCAGCAGGAGUGCUCCUGUAUUUACAAUGGCAAAACCUAUGCUACAGGAUCUUCUUUCUCAGAGCCAUGCCAGACCUGUACCUGUAAUGGAGGCCAGUGGAGCUGCCAAGACAAGUCAUGCCCAGGAACAUGCUCUGUAGUGGGGGGUUCCCACAUUUCCACAUAUGAUAAGAAGCACUACGAUCACCAUGGAGAUUGCACUUACGUUCUCUCUAAGGACUGUAAAGAUGAAAAAUUUACCAUCCUGGCAGAACUACGCAAGUGUGGCCUAACUGACACUGAGACCUGCUUAAAGUCAGUGACCCUCAACAUGAAUAAAGGACAAACUAUUGUCGAGGUCAAACCUGAUGGUGGUGUGUUUGUGAACUCCAUCUACACCCAGCUGCCCAUGUCAGCAGCUAAUGUCACCAUGUUCAGACCUUCUUCAUUCUUCAUGAUCAUGGACACAAGCUUUGGCGUCCAGGUUGAAAUACAGUUCAUACCCACGAUGCAAGUGUUUGUGCAUCUGGAUGCUUCUUUCAAAAACCAGACUUGUGGUCUCUGUGGAAAUUUCAAUAACAUCCAAACUGAUGAGUUCAAGGUCUUAAGUGGAAUAAUAGAAGGAACUGCAUCAGCAUUUGCUAAUACAUGGAAAACUCAGGCCUCAUGCCCUAAUAUCCAGCAGAGUUUUGAGAAUCCUUGUGCACUCAGCAUUGAUAACGAAAAAUAUGCUCAGCAUUGGUGUGGACUACUCACUGACACCACAGGACCUUUUGCUGCUUGUCACUACACAGUGAAUCCCGCUGUUUACCACACGAACUGCAUGUUUGACACAUGUAACUGUGAAAAUAGUGAAGAUUGUCUGUGUGCAGCCCUGUCUGCCUAUGUAAGAGCUUGUGCUGCAAAAGGAAUCCAGCUGCAGGGAUGGAGGACUGAUGUCUGCUCAAAAUACACCACUUCGUGUCCCAAAUCCCUGAGCUACAGCUAUACCAUCUCUUCCUGUCAACCCACCUGCCGGUCUCUGAGUGAGCCUGAUGUCACAUGCAAUAUUAAGUUUGUCCCAGUUGAUGGCUGCACUUGUGUAAAUGGAACCUACAUGGAUGAGAGUGGCAAAUGUGUGCCUGCUAAUGAAUGCCCCUGCUAUUACAGAGGAUCUCCUAUACCAUUUGGAGAAGUGGUCCAUGAAAAUGGGCGUGUAUGCACUUGUGUCAAGGGAAGACUGAAUUGCAUUGGAGAACCAAAUGAAACUCCAGUCUGUAAAUCUCCCAUGGUCUACUUUGACUGUAAAAACAACACAGCAGGAGCAACUGGAGCAGAAUGUCAAAAAAGUUGCCAGACUCUGGAUAUGCAAUGUUAUAGCUCACAAUGUACAUCUGGCUGUGUGUGCCCAGAUGGGCUUGUAUUAGAUGGGAAUGGUGGUUGCAUUCCUGAAGAAGAAUGUCCAUGUAUCCACAAUGAAGCCAUGUAUCAGCCUGGGGAAAAGAUCAACUUUGACUGUAACACCUGUGUAUGCAAGAAUAGGAAGUGGGAAUGUACCAAGGAUCAAUGUCUGGGCACUUGUGCUAUUUAUGGAGAUGGCCAUUAUAACACCUUUGAUGACAAAAGGUUCAGCUUCAAUGGAAACUGUGAAUACACACUAGUCCAGGACCACUGUGGAAAAAGUAGCUCAGUCAAUGGGACCUUCAGGGUUGUCACUGAAAAUAUUCCCUGUGGCAACACUGGGACAACUUGCUCAAAAUCUAUCAAAGUUUUCUUAGAGAGCUAUGAACUGAUCCUUGGUGAAGAGCGUGUCAGUGUUGUAAAGAGAGGACAGAAUGACAAGGUGCCAUACACAGUCCGCUCCAUGGGAAUGUACUUGGUAGUUGAGACCAAAAGUGGACUGAUCCUCAUGUGGGACAAGAAAACAAGCAUCUUCAUCAAGCUCAGCCCUAGUUUCAAGGGCCAGGUCUGUGGUCUCUGUGGAAAUUAUGAUGGCAACAGCAUCAAUGACUUUACUACAAGGAGUCAGUCUGUAGUAGAGAAUGUCCUAGAGUUUGGAAACAGCUGGAAAGUAUCCUCUACAUGCCCUGAUGCUUCCAGUGUCAAGGAUCCAUGUUCUGCCAACCCUUAUCGGAAGUCCUGGUCAGAGAAGCAGUGUAGCAUCAUCAACAGCAAUGUCUUUUCUGCUUGUCACUCUCAGGUUGAACCAGCAAAAUAUUACCAAGCAUGUGUGACAGAUGCUUGUGCCUGUGACACUGGAGGAGACUGUGAUUGCUUUUGUACAGCAGUAGCUGCCUAUGCUCAAGCAUGUAGUGAAGUUGGUGUAUGCAUAGCCUGGAGAAGCCCAACAAUUUGUCCACUGUUCUGUGAUUACUACAAUCAGCAAGGAGAAUGUGAAUGGCAUUAUAAGCCUUGUGGUGCUUCCUGUAUGAAGACCUGCAAGAAUCCAAGUGGAAAAUGUCUCAAUGACUUGCCAGGUUUAGAAGGCUGCUACCCUAACUGUCCACCAGACAAACCAUAUUUUCACGAGGAUCAGAUGAAGUGUGUUAGUCUCUGUGACUGUUAUGAUGAUGAGGAUGGAAAGAUAUAUAAACGGGAUGAAUGUAAUAUAUGUGAGUGCACAUCAGAAGGUUUACAGUGCAAGUUCGAUGAUAAAGCUUGCAACUGCAUUUAUGAAGAGAAUAGCUAUAAAUAUGGUGAACUCAUCUACAACACCACAGAUGGAACUGGAUGGUGUUUCAGUGCAACAUGCGAUGUCAAUGGAACAAUAAGCAGAAACAUCUUUAAAUGUGGCAUUUUUACAACAACCCCAUUUACAUUUUCCACAAGUCAGCCCACAACUACUGCUUCAGAAAUUACAACUGCAACACCAGUGACAACUGUAUGUGUGAAAAAUGUCUGUAUGUGGUCAGAAUGGUACGAUUCCACUCAGCCUGAAAACAAAGAGGACAGUGGAGAUUAUGAAACAUUUCAAAAUCUCAAGGAAAAAGGAUACAGUGUGUGUGCAAACCCAAGCGAUGUUCAAUGCAGAGCCAAAGAACACCCAGAUACUGAAAUUACCAACCUUAACCAAACAAUAGAGUGCAGUCAAAGCAGAGGAUUAAUAUGCAAUAACCAGGACCAAGAAUCUAAGCAGUGCUACAAUUAUGAAAUCAGAGUAUCAUGCUGCAGAUACAUACCAUGUUCUAAUGUACAAUCUACAACACCAACAACCACAAGAGAAUUCACAACUACUGCAGUAGAAUCAACACCAUUUACACUACAGACAACAAUAAUACCAACAACACAAAAACAAAAAAGUGAAAUAACUACAACACCGCUGAGAGACAGAGAAAAAACAACUCCUCUGACGGAAACAUCAAUAACAGCAACGAUGUCACUAGUCUCGACAACAGGUUACCAAAGCACAACUACUACAACAGAAACCUCCACUGUGGAGUGCCUAUCCAAGCUACCACCAGUGUCAGCACCUCUACAGCCACCACGGAAAGCACCACUACAUCUACAGAAGAAACUCUUCCAACUGUAUUAUCCACUGUUGCUAUUCAAACAUCACCAAUUACUGACUCCACCCAUGAAAUAA